GAUUUGCGCCACACUGGGAUUGUGCUGGAUUUGCGCCGCUCCGGGAUUGCGCUGGAUUUGCGCUGCGCUGGGCGCGGCGCCGUGCGCGGCCGCCAGGGGGCGCGGCAGUGCCAGGGGCCGGGCGGGGGCGGCGGAGGAGGAGGAGGAGGAGGAAGAGGAGGAGGAAGGGGAAGAGGAGGAAGAUGAGGAGGAGCAGAAGAAGGUGGCGGACCGUCCCGCUGCCCGCCCGGCCCCGCCUGGGGCAGCCCUGACAGCCCUGGGGACAGGCUUUUCCCCUGGGAUUCCUCCUGGGAGUCGUUUGAGGAGGGAAAAAGGAAAAAUAGAUUAAAAAAAAAAAAAAAAAGCAUGCGGGAGGAGGGAGGAUAGAGCUGUCUUCUGUCUCAAGGGGAGGCUGGCAGGCAGCGUUCACCACUCCUCUCUGUGGGGAGCUGUGACUGAGGUAGUCUCGGAAACGAGGCUACCCCCAAGAAAAAUUGCUGAGAGCAGGGUUUGCAUUCCGUCUUCAGAGCAGGAAGGAAAGUGGUGAAUAUUAAAUGUUGAUUUCUUUCAGAUGCCACCACCAGAACCUCAACAUGCCUACGACAGCAAUAUGACAUCAGAAUGGGAACUCACAUCUCUAGAUGGCACAGUUUGUCACCUGGGUCUUCAGACUUUGAUUCCAUCCAUUUUUUACAUCGUGCAUCAUCUUCAUCGCCACUGCUAUUACUGCUACUGUAGUUUAGAAGGCAGAAAUGUUCCCUGUCUCUGGAAGCUUUCCAAAAGAAAGCUCCACCCAUUCCAAAGUAAGUUCCAUUUCCUUUCAGGCAUUACAAAAUACCUUAAAAGCUACAUUGAGGGAUUGGUGGCAGAAAGUUCAUUUAGGUAUUUAUGUUUCUUUAGCUACAAAAUUAUAGAAUGUUUAUAACAAGUCUUUAGCACUGGUAUCCAAGAAAAAAAAAAAAAGUGAGAUGUGGGGAAAUAAUGCCUCAGUGCAGGGGUGGUCAACUCAUGUUUGUAAUCCUGCAAACAGUUUAACUGAGUGCUUCAGGUCGCUCAGGACUCAAGGCAUUUAAAAUACUUCCCUGCUCUCUAACUGUGUGAGGGUCAAUCUGCUGUGCGUCAUCCUGGCUUGCACAUGAGAAGGCAAAGUUGGACUUUCCUCUCUUCUCUGCUUGGCUCCCCUGAGAUCCUGUGAUGUGCUAGGUCUUACAAAGGACAUAUAAGCAAGAAGCAGUGAUGAACAGAAAUUGUGACAAUCUUAAGCUACAUAGAAAGCAUGAAAUGUGCUUAUACGUGUACAGGUACAGGUGUAUAUGUGAACAGGCAUCUCAAUAGAAGAAAUGAGAGCAGCUGUGUGGCAUGGCGGGAGCAGGCAAAAGACUCGACCCCAACUCAGUGAGCAGAAGGGAAAGAAUGGAGUAGCCCAUGUGCUUCAUCUCUCUGCUGGACAGCUCAAGGGUGAUUACACGGGGAUGAAGAGGCGACAGGCUGCUGAAAGGACAGGAAUUCUGCCCUUUUAUCCCUUUGCAGAGAAGGGUGAUCAGUCCAAUCUGCAAUCCAGUUUUUGGUAAAAAAAAAACCCACUGCUGUCAGGCUGUCUGCUGAGACCAAUCAGAAAGAGGACAAAGCUCUAUGACCUUCAGGCAGAGAGUGUUGUUAUUAUCAUUACAGUUCUUGUGGUAACUGCUGUUACUUAGUUGUUUUGUCUUAUUUAGCCUUUGAGAACAUCCCCUGCCCUGGCUGGCUGUGGCCUCUGUUUGAUGGAUGAAGAGUAGAAUUAGGCCGCGGCAGAUGGCUGUGGACGGAGUUGGGGUAGGAGCGGGACAGAACCCCCGCAGGACUUGCUUCCAACCCAGCUGUUUCAGAGGGGGAGUGGGAGAGAUUCGGCAGGAAGGAUGCGCGGGGGAAACCCUCUCGGGGACUGCGUCGGGGCAGCGGCUGUGCUCUGCGCAUCGGCGGAGGCUCAGGCCGAGCCGCUCUCCUGCCGUUCCCGCACCCCUGCCUUGCUCGCCGCUCACUCCCGUCGGGAUGCUGGGUUUUCUUCAGCCGGGGACGGUCGCGUCGCGAGGCCCACCCGGUGCCACCGGGGCGCGUCUGCCCGACUGGGGACGAGCGGUCUGGCGGCCCGCGGCGGGACGCGGUGCCUCCGCCAGCACCAGGGACAGCGCCGGCAGCAGCGCUGCCGCUCCUUUGUUCCACCGCCGGCGAGGCCCCGCGGAACAAAGACUUCCGCCGCCGUCGGCGCGGGGACCCCGGCCUCUCCCCUCCCCGCCCCCGCACCCUCCCCGCAGCCGCCGGCUUGGCCCGGCCACGGCCGCCGCCUCCACCGGAGCCGCGUCUCCGGUGUGUCGGCCGCGCACGCCCCUGCCCCGGCGCACCGCGCACCGCCACCGCCGUCCCGCCACCCUACCCCGUGUAAGCUGCCCCGCACACCCUCCGCCGCAGCGCCCCACGCUCCGCGUUCGCCAGCCGCUGCCUUGCGCCUCGCCCCGCCGCCCAGGCCAGCGCACAAAGCCCGCAC